AUGCAGAUUUUCGUCAAGACCCUCACGGGCAAGACUAUCACCCUCGAGGUGGAGUCUAGCGACACCAUCGACAAUGUCAAGUCUAAGAUUCAGGACAAGGAGGGAAUCCCCCCUGACCAACAGCGAUUGAUCUUCGCCGGCAAGCAGCUCGAGGAUGGCCGAACCCUCUCCGACUACAACAUCCAGAAGGAGAGCACCCUCCACCUUGUGCUCCGCCUCCGUGGUGGUGCCAAGAAGCGCAAGAAGAAGGUCUACACUACACCCAAGAAGAUUAAGCACAAGCGCAAGAAGACCAAGUUAGCUGUGCUUAAGUACUACAAGGUCGACGGUGAUGGAAAGAUCGAGCGUCUCCGCCGCGAGUGCCCUGCCGAGACCUGCGGUGCUGGUGUCUUCAUGGCUGCUAUGCAGGACCGACAGUACUGUGGCCGAUGCCACCUUACCUACGUCUUCGACAAGCAGUAA